CCACAGAGGGGAGAGAAAAUAACAUCAACAUCCUUUUAACAGUGUGACGGACUGGCCAAGCCUCUGCAAGUGCGACCGUGAUGUUAUGACUUCGAGUACUUCGAGUACUGUAGGGCAGUACGCUUAAUCUUUUUCGUAUUGGUAAAUCACCAAAGGAUCCACUGGGGUUAUAUUGAAUGAGAUGCUUCAGCUAAAUGACUCUGUGGAGCCGGAGAGCCCCGGUGCUGCGGUACUCCACGCCAUCGACGGUGAGGUUGAGGAUGGGGUGGAGGUAGCUUUCACGCCGCCAGGGGCCGUAGCUAGCCGGGGGUUCGGUUCAGCUGUCGCCUGCUGCUCCCCUUUGCAAACACUUAAGCCUUUCCAUGUUCACAACCCUACGAUGCAGGCGAAAGUCAAAGAUUACUUCGUGUUCAGGCCGGGGACUAUUGAGCAGGCGGUGAACGACAUCCGGACGGUGGCCUUACCAUCGGAAGACGGGGAAGUGCUCAGCGUGUGGCUGCUAGCAGAAAUUGACCAUUGGAACAAUGAAAAGGAGAGGCUUGUGCUUAUUACUGAAAGGUCUUUGCUGGUGUGCAAGUACGACUUCAUCAACCUGCUCUGCCAGCAGGUGAUCCGAAUCUCUCUCAAUGCGGUGGACACCAUCUCUGUGGGCGAGUUUGAGUUUCCCCCCAAAUCGCUCAACAAGAGAGAGGGCAUUGGUGUGCGUGUGCAGUGGGACAAGCGUCCACGUCCCUCCUUCGUGAACCGGUGGAACCCCUGGUCCACUGAUGUGCCCUACUCCACCUUCACCGAGCACACCAUGGCCCGUGCAGAUGAGAAAGUCGCCUCGCUCUGCCAGUUGGAGAACUUUAAGACUCAGCUGGUCCAGGCGGUGAAGAAGGCCCAUAAGGAGCACCCUAUCCCCGGCCGCUCCAACGGGGUGCUGCUGCUGGAGUGCCCCCUGGUGAUCGAGACCUACCUGGGCAUCAUGUCCUUCAUCAACAACGAGGCCAAGCUGGGCUACUCCAUGACCCGCGGCAAGAUCGGCUUUUGAGUGGCGUCCCCCCCUCUUCCUCUUCUCAGGCCUUCUCUUAAGGCUUCUGGGGUUUUGUUUUUUUGUUUGUUUGUUUUGUUGGUUUGUUUCUUUUGUUAAAUCUGUUUAGCGCAAUUUUUUCUUUCCUGCUGCACUGCCUUCGCUGAUUGGCUGUUUGACGUGUGUGGUGGAGGGUGUUUUUGAUUGGGUGUCUCAGACUUGGCUUGCUGCUCCAGGAUUAGCUGUCUGCCUCUCAAAGGUGAGACGGGCAGACUGCUCCCAGAGCAGUGAUAUUGCUUUGAGAUGCUUCAUGAAUGCGCGCCCCCUCACUGAAACACAUACUGAAAAACCACCAGGCCAUGUUUGUGUUUCUUUUCGGCCGGUCUCCAAAGGGGCCUAGGAAUGUCCCUGAAAACACACACAAAUCUCCAGACACACACACGCACACACCACCUGUGACUUAGUUACACUGAAAAGUGUAGCUCAGGGAGUCCACCAAUCAAUACCCACCAGUGCCCCAGAGCAUGUCUCCUCUGGCACCAUUACUGGGUCCAUGCCAUUCCAGAACCUUUCACCGUUGCCAUGGGAUUGGUGAAUGCUUUUAAACAAGUUAGCUGUGAGCCUGUUCUUUUGAUGUGUGUGUUUAUGAACAUCAUAGUGUCUUCUGCAUGUCUGCCGGACAAAAUCUUUGGAAUGACAUACCAUGUCUGAUGCUGCUUUAACACAUAGGUCGUAGCCUUUUCCAUAAAUAGCACAUCGAGCUUAGUCUGAGACUUCCCUAGUGCCAGUUCCGUUGCAUGACUGGUGUGUUUGUGUCCACUUUUGGAAGCGCUCGUAUUCAGCCGUGGGGUUAUGGGAAGCGCCUUACUUACCCAAGGCUGCGCCUCACCGCUGGGAGAGCAGACUCCAAGCAUCCUCCUCCAACAAGUUAAAUGUGGCCCUUGUUCGACGUCUGAGAGCGGCUAUGUUUGUUUGUGUUGUUCCUUCUUCUGCCAUGGCUCCAGGAUACGAUCAAAAAGGACACAAACACACCAACUGAAUGCAUAUUUGUGUGUGUGCUUAAUGUGUGCAGGGUUUCUUAAGGACAGUGGGGAAGGGGUCAUGGUCAUUACAGGCUGAUGGAGAUAUCAAGUAACAAUGAUAAUGUGUUAGGCUUUGACUGAGAUCACUUUCUCUUUGCAAGGGUGUAGGAAACACAAUGAAAUGGUGCGUAACGAAACGGAUAAAUGUUCCGAUGUGUGACUCAGUAGAGGAUUUCUACUUCUCAGUUGGCCUAUGGAGACUUCACUAGAUAGAUUGCCAUUACUGGUUUCCUGUAAUGCAGGCCCACAUAUUUUAAGCCUAAAGGUUGAUAUCCUUCGUCUUGAGAGGUUUUUUUAAAAUCUUUUUGACUUUCUUACUAAGGUGAAUGCUUUACUCUAGUAAUAUGUCGAGGUGUGUAAGGUUUUGUUAGUUGCCAUUAUAAACAGACAGUGCUUGUCAUUGAGGCCUAGGGACCCAGGUUCAUCUUGCAGCCUGUAGCUGCCUGAAGCUAGACAUUGGGAGUUUGGUUUAAUUACCUUUUAUCCAUUUAGCCUUUACCAUUACGGUCACGUUUUAUUCACAGUCAUCCCAGAGAAUAGUGUGUGCCCUAGUUGAGACAAACCUCAGCUGUUAUUUAGGGGUGUAAAAUGGCUGUGUGUGUGAAUGUGUUCCCCUCGUUGCCUCAUUUUGGCUGACUCUGAUCACUGCUUAACCUUUAACCAGAAGACUGGUCUUUGCUGUGACCUGUGAUUAGAGGGUUGUGAAUAAUUUAAAUCUUAGCAUUAAAUCUCCAGAUGAAUUAAAGCGGAGUUCCACAGGGCACUAAACUGCAGUUUUCCUCACCUUUACUGUAAGUUCUUCCCUUUAGGCCAGUGUAUCAGUUCCAGGAUUGACGUAACAGAUAUAAAAUGGAUCGCCUGACCAGUAGAUACGGGUUCUAGCAGAAGACUCCUCCUGCUUCUCACGCACUCUAUGCAUCGUGCCGCGGUGAUGGCACUCCAAACACCACUGCUCAUCUCUCUCUAGUGUUCCCCCUUUCAGUUGUCAUGGCUACAGGAACCUUAUCGUAGGAUCCUCUGAUUCACUCCCCCUCCACACACACACACACACCUGCUUUUUUGCCAAGUUAAAGGUGAGUUGGCGUAGCCGAAUGCCUCGCAUGCCGUCCCUGCAUGAUACCCAUGCUGUUGAGUUCAAAUCUCUGCCCUCCUCUAGGAGUUGCUUAAACCGUAGUGCAAUGUUAUCACUAUUACACUUGAGCACUUUUAUUCAAGCUGAUGAACAUUUAGAUUUGACAUUUAAUGUGUGAACUGUAAUUUGCUUUAACAAAUGAUCUCAACCAUUGUGUUCAUGUGAAGUUAUUUUAGUGAUAUAAUUUAUUUGCCUUUGUAUGAUUUCAAUUGUAGCAUAACUGUGACGUAAGUGGAUUAAAAUGGCCAAAUUGUUCUUAA